GUGGCACCCCAAAUGCACGAUGCCCAUAUGAUUCACCCCUCUGCUCCUUCGCACUGUGCUAUUCCCCCAUAAAAACAACAACAACAACAAAAACAAAAACAACAACAACAACAAACAAAACAAAUGGAAAGGUUCCAGUCUUCCAUGCGCAAGCGCCUGUACAGCUUGCCGCAAAACAUUGGCCAAAGACCUUUUGCGGUGGACGAAGGAGACAGCGGCGACAAGGACACGAAGAGGAAAAGUAUUUUGCUGAGACAUUUGUCCUCGCUGUCCCCCGCGGGCAGUUGCAGGAGCAUCGAGGAGGCCGGCAGGGACGCCGCCAGGAAGAGCAACUUGAACGGGGACUGUCGCCGUUUCAGGGGCAGCAUCUCCUCCGUCAGCGGGCGUCAUCCCGCCGGGUCAGAUCCGGCGGAGCAGCGCUGCCUCAUCCCGGAGGCGGACGCCGGGGUCGGGGAGAGUUCCCCCAGUGAGCCCGGUCCGGCCGCGGGCGGUCUGAGUGGGGCGGCCGGCCAGGCGUCGGUCUUCGACCAGACGAGUUUCAUCAAGUUGGAAGGCAGCGAGCAAAUCAACCCCGAGGAUGAGCGGCUUUACCAAGCCGGAUUUAUGCAUCGGCAGUUCGGCGCGAUGCUCCAACCGGGAGUCAACAAGUUCUCUCUGCGGAUGUUGGGGAGUGAGAGGGCGGUGGAGCACGAGAGGGAACGUGUCAAAUCUGCUGGUUUCUGGAUUAUUCACCCAUACAGUGAUUUUAGAUUCUACUGGGAUCUGACUAUGCUGCUUCUGAUGGUGGGAAACCUCAUCAUCAUCCCCGUGGGGAUCACCUUCUUCAAGGACGAGCACACGCCGCCCUGGAUUGUCUUCAACGUGGUCUCGGACACGUUCUUCCUUAUGGACCUGGUCCUCAACUUUCGCACUGGCAUUGUCAAAGAGGACAACACAGAAAUCAUCCUGGACCCGCAGAAGAUCAAGAUCAAGUACCUGAAGAGCUGGUUUGUGGUCGAUUUCAUCUCUUCAAUACCCGUGGACUACAUCUUUCUCAUUGUAGAGACUCGCAUUGACUCUGAUUUUUACAAGACGGCCAGAGCCCUGAGGAUCGUGCGCUUCACCAAAAUCCUCAGUCUGCUGCGGCUGCUACGCCUCUCCAGACUCAUCCGCUACAUCCACCAGUGGGAGGAGGUGUUCCACAUGACCUAUGACCUGGCCAGUGCCAUGGUGCGUAUUAUGAACCUAAUCGGCAUGAUGCUGCUUCUGUGUCACUGGGACGGCUGUCUGCAGUUUCUGGUUCCCAUGCUGCAGGACUUCCCUCCCGAUUGUUGGGUCACUCGAAACAAGAUGGUGAACGACACGUGGGGUCAGCAAUAUUCUUACGCCCUCUUCAAAGCCAUGAGCCACAUGCUGUGCAUCGGCUACGGGCUGUACCCGCCAAUCGGAAUGGCCGACGUCUGGCUCACCAUCCUCAGCAUGAUCGUGGGCGCGACGUGCUUUGCCAUGUUUGUGGGGCACGCCACUGCCCUCAUUCAGUCCCUGGACUCCUCCAGGAGGCAGUACCAAGAAAAGUACAAGCAGGUGGAGCAGUACAUGUCCUUCCACAAACUCCCCGCCGACAUGCGUCAGAGAAUCCACGAUUACUACGAGCACCGCUACCAGGGCAAGAUGUUCGACGAGGAGAGCAUUUUGGAGGAGUUAAAUGAACCACUGCGAGAGGAGAUCAUCAACUUUAACUGCCGUAAGCUCGUGGCCUCCAUGCCUCUGUUUGCCAACGCCGACCCCAACUUCGUCACCUCCAUGCUGACCAAACUGCGCUUCGAGGUCUUCCAGCCGGGCGACUACAUCAUCAGGGAGGGAACCAUCGGCAAGAAAAUGUACUUCAUCCAGCACGGGGUCGUCAGCGUCCUGACCAAAAACAGCCAAGACACCAAGCUGUCAGAUGGGUCUUAUUUCGGAGAAAUUUGCCUCCUGACCCGAGGCAGAAGGACCGCAAGUGUGCGAGCAGAGAACUACUGCCGCCUCUACUCUCUGUCGGUGGACAACUUCAACGAGGUGCUGGAGGAGUAUCCCAUGAUGAGGAGAGCUUUUGAGACGGUGGCCCUCGACCGGCUAGACCGCAUCGGGAAGAGGAACUCCGUUCUUCAGCAUAAAGUCCAACAUCACCAAAGUUCUGGCACAUUAAAUCUCCACGAAAGUGAGAUCAUCCAAAGAAUAGUGCAGCAUGACCGCGACAUGGCCCAGUCCACGCGACUGAUCCAGACCAGCAACGAGCAGAUCUUAAACAUCCCACCUCCUCCCUCAUCACCCACCCCGGUUAUCUGGGCCCCUCUCAUUCAGGCUCCACUCCAGGCCGCUGCCGCCACUACGCCGCUGGCUCUGGCGUUGGCUCACCACUCGCAGCUGCCCCCUGUCCUCUUUCAUCCUCAUCUGGUCCCGAGCUCCCUGAAAGACCCCAUUGGCCAACCAAAGAGAGUCCACACUGGAGGACUCCCAUCAAACACCUGUGGGUCAGUGCCCAGUUCACCUGGAGGUUCAACCAAAUUACGCACAGAGAUUGAAACUCCCACUCUGGCCUUCACCAGAGCACAACAUCCCUCCAUCGAGCCCUCAUCGACUCUGCUCUCCCAGCCCAUCUUCACCAGCAGUCUGCAGCCCCUGGCCCCUCCCACUCAGCCGGCCCACAAUCCUCCUCACUCCGGCAUGGCCUCAGUCUUCCCCGUCAGCCAGGCAACCGUUUCCUAUACUUGCGCUGCUCAGCUCCACCCGCAGCCAUUCCACGGCGCAAUGACAACCCCGGCACAUUCACAUUCAUUCAGUUUGCUCCAGCGGGCGGAGACGGCGAGGCUGGCGGAAAGAUUCCUGGCCCCUACCUCUUGCGGCAUAAGUCCUUUGAUCUCCAGUUCUGUCAGCCCGAUUUUAAGCCAGCUACAGCAGAGCUCUCACCCCAUCACGCAGCAGAUAGGGUCCUGUCACGGCAACGCAGGCAAGAUCGCCAGCAGUCUGAACUUCCCACAUUUUUCCAUCAUCACCAGCACACAUUCCUCCAGUCGAGCAUCUGUGGGCGGAGUCGGUGCCACAGCAAGUCUAGCGCAGCACAGCCUGGCUGGCUUCAAUUCGAUUUUCCUGCCACAGGUUCUUCCCGAGCAGUCCGCCCUUGGUUCCCUCAUGCAGUACGGUUCCGCGGAAGCCUCACCUUGCUACACUCCUCCUCUCCACAGCCCUAUCUUACAAAGUCCUGUGAGAGGAAGGACAGUUUACCAAAGCGAGCCCCCCGGGCCCAAAGACAAUCCCCUCACUGUCCAGACCUCAUCCCCGGCCAGGGUUGCAUGCACCAUCAGGGAGAGCAGCGAGUCACCAGCUGAGCUCUUUACACAGCAAAUAAAGACCAUCUCAGGCUCUUACAGCUCUUUACACCACACACAAGACAGACUUUUGGCUAUCACCUCAGAGGGGGAAACAAGUCCCUUCUCCUUCACUGUCGCAGCCAGUAAACCCCAGGUCACGAUUCCGGGUCACACCACUGCUGUCACGUGGACGUAUUCAGGACUCGAACCUCAGAAUCGGUUUCCAGCUGUGAACUCUAAAAUGGUAGAGAGCCAACUCAACCAGACCAAACUUCCCUCUAGCUUGUGACGGUGAAACGUGCUCUCCUUUAACAAAUACAACUCAGUACUCUCUUCCUUGGCAUCCCUUUUUACACCUACUUUGCGCCUUUAAACGUAGGAGGAAGCCUGAUUCUUGCGUGAUUGGAUUUUAUUAUUUUUUUUUUUAUCACAAAAUGUAUAGAUUUCAGGUAGGGACAGUUUCUAUAGCAUAUUUCUCCUUUGAAUAUAGUAAUAAGAGGCCCUUUGGUGGGUACAUAAGACUUCAUGAAAAUACAAAUUUAUCAUCCUCUCUCUUACACAAGAAUGUACACAAAAUGUGUUUUCAGCUGUGUGAUCCUGUAUUCCCAGCAACCUUUUGUCUUCAUUUCAAGUUCAAUGAAACCCAAAACCUUUUUGUCCCUUCUUCUCAGCUAUCAAUGCAAAGUUACACUAAUGACAACCUGAGGGCCUCUGGUGCAUUUUGCUCAUUUUCUAACCUCAUAAGACGUUUGCAUCGCCAGCAGUAGGCAUGGGCCGGUUACUCGCGUCAAGGUAAACUGCGGUGUUAAAAAAGUCCGUUUCAAAAAGCACCUUUAAGAUUAUGAGCUGUUUUAGUUAUUUUUUUUUUUUUUUACUUGUCAGUGUAGGCACAACUUCUCGUUGCUGCUGGUGUGCGCAGUCAAUGAGAGUACCCCAGUUUGGUAGAGGCAUUUGCGAGCGUGCAACCCAUCACUCUUUGACAAAUUCAAGAUGUUAAUAUAUAACUAUGAAUGUGUCUUGAAAUGAACAUUAGCAGCCAGCGACUAGAGUCUGUCUACAAUGGACCUUUUCGACUGCCGAUCUUCAGUUCCGUCCCCCUUAGCAACUGUUGCCAUCUCCCAUAAGCUUCCAAAAUGGCGAUUAAACAGAACAUGUUUGAAGUGGAUUCUCUAUUGCGUAGGGGUAUGUUUUUUGCCAAAUGCGCCAGGCUUGUCCAAGAGGGUUCUACAGAAAGGUCUCAACUAUUUCACGCAAGGAUAUGUACACGGAAUUAAGAUUUUUGAUGGAGCAGGACGCAAUGUCAGAGUUACAGCGAGACGUUGGCAAUCGAUGCAAAAAAGUUUGACGCCUCACAAACUUCAUAUUGAAAUCCAUCAGGAUAAAAUAGUGGAAUCGUACUGCGCAUUUAAAGCAGGGUGAGUACUUUUUACUUGGAAAGAUCACGAGUAAUAUCAUUGUAGUCUUUAUAAGUGAGUUGGUGUAUUCAUUUGACUUGUCUCGUAAUGGCUCGCCCUGUCUUAAAAGUCUGAUGUAAUACAAAUGGGCAAAUAGACAUUUCUCUUGCAUGACAUGGCGCAUUUACGUAUCCCUAACCUGACUCUUCGGCAUAAAACAUUACACACUUCAUUCAGCAGGUCAGUGAUACGCUAACAAAGUGAAAGUUGUUCUACUGCGCUGUAUAGAGCACUGAUAAUAAUUCAAUCAAACUCAGACAAUAUACUUCUCCCUCACUUACCUUCGAACAUACAGCCUUGUGUUUGUUGAUAUUGUCCACAUUUAGUCGUACGUGCGCUCUUCCGCAAGCCUUAACCCAUCAUAGACACAUCGGCAACUGUGUUUUAAGAUUUGGAAAAUGAAUCAACCGGCCCCCUUGUAACCUAGCAGGAUAUCUUUCAUCAGAAUUGCACGUUCCCCAAGCGCAUUUGAGGACCAUUUUCUUCGUAACAUUAACUUUUCAAAGCACACGCGACUGAUAACCAGCAUUGCUUGUGGGACAUGACCACAAGAGGGGCGUGUCAAGCCAGAGGUUAAGACAAUGCGGCUAUCUGAUUGGCUAUUAUUGUACGAGUGAUUGACAGGUCGGAAAGGUCCAUUCGUAAAAUAAAUAUGGGUACUAUGGACUUCCAACCGAGGAAGAUAACUAGCUACUAAGCAUAGUUAACAUCAUUUUGUUUUCGUUGUAGUGUUCAGAUGAUUAAAGAAGUAGCUUCUCACUGUCCGAACAAUAAGAGCUUUUACUGUUGCAUUAUUUUGAUCUAUCCCUUCAUUCAAUGGAAAAAUGUUAACAUAAUCCAAUUAUUUCAAACUAUUCCAUUUUAGAGGUGUAAUUGCAACACUGAAUCCGACACCGGCCCAAGCCGACCCUAAGUCAAACUUUUUCAUGGUGCGUGUUGUACUUCGGUGAGGAUUUAUAGACUUCACAUAAAGAAUUUAUAGGCACAUACAAUGUCCAGAUUGGUGAUUAGAUGGUUUAAUCUCUGCUAUAUGCAGAUAAUGUCUGACGUUCACGGUUUUCUGGGAAGGUUUUCAGCCAGGAUGUGACUCGGUACCUCCACACUAGAGGCAAUGGUACUCAGUAAUAUAAGGCUGAUAUUUCCCCUGUGGAUUGGGAGAAAAAUUCUGCCUCAAAUGGAGGAGGUCAAAGCUCGCCCAACUAUUUUUUUUCAUGUGCAUUGUGGACUUGGAGAAGGUUUUCGUUCUACGGAGGGUGCUCUGGGAGUAUGGGGCACCGGACCGCCUAAAAAGGGGUGUUUGGUCCCCGUAUGACCAGUGUCAGUGUCUUUGUCAGAUUUUUUUCCAGUGAGGGAUGGAGUCAACCAAGACCAGCAUUGUCAAUGAUUCUGUUCAUAAACUUCAUGGACAGAAUUUCUUGGUGCAGCUAAGGUUGAAGGGUCAAGUUUAGUGACUUCAGAAUUCCAUCCCUUCAUUUUGCAGAUGAUUUGGUUCUGUAGACUCCAUUAAGAUGUAAUCUUCAAUUCUUUCUGGACUGGUUUAUCUUAGUGUGAAGUGGCUAAGAUGAGAAUCUACCCCUCCAAAUGUGAGUUGGAACAGAGUGGCAUUCCUCAUCUUUGUCAGGGAUGAUCUCCUUCCCCAAGUGGAGGAGUUCACGUGUUCUUAGGGUCCUGUUCAUGAGUGAGGGAAUAAAGGAGCGGGAGAUCAAAAAGCAGAUGUGUGCAGUGUCUGCAGUGAUGCGGACUCUGUAUUGGUCUGUUGUGGUACAGAAGGAGCUGAGCUGAAUGGCGAAGCUCUCAAUUUACUGAUUGAUCUGCGUUCAUACUCUCAGCUAUGGUCACUAGCAAGAUCAUAGAUACACAAAUCUAAAAUGAAUUUCCUUACUCCCCCUUGGAGAUAGUAUGAAAAGCUCGGUCACCUGAGCGGGGCUCAGUGUAGAGCCACUACUCCUCGACAUCAAGCCUGUUGACGUAACUCAGGAAUCUGUUUAGGUGGUUAAGAUGCCUCCUGGAUGCCUCUGUGUGAGGUGUUCAGUGCCCAAAUCAUCAGGAAGAUGUUCUGGGAAAGACCCAAGGCUCUGCUACCUGACCCCAGAAAAGUGGAAAAAAUCUGUAUGGAUUGUAUCCGGGCUCAACCUCAGUGACAGAACUCAGUGUUCUGUGAAAAUGGUUUGUAAGAUCCCUCCUGGAGGUCGACCUGCUUGGAUGUCAUGUCCAAUCAGGAGGAGACCCUAACACAGACCAAGGACACACUGGAGUGACUAUGAGUCACAACUACCUGGGAAUGCCUUUGUGCUCCUUAAUUGGAAGUAGGAGAGGUGCCCAAAGAUAGGUAAGUCUCAGCAUCCCUCUUUCGACUGCUGCCCUUGCAAAGAAAUUGGACGAAAGUGGUUUCUUUUGUUUCAAGAAUAUAUGUCUUCCUAACUGCUUCAGCAAUAACGCACAGCUGAACGGGGCACAGAAAUCCGAUCAUAUUUGAAAAAUGUAAUGAAUGUAAUGUAUGUCUACCUAGGUGCACCAUGUAGGUCAUCAGGAAGAUUAUCCCGCAUGAAAGAGGCAGUGCGGAACCUUUCGGAGGACAGCUAAGCCAUGCUGUUUGUGUAACCACCCUGUCUGUUAUGGCCAUGAGCAAGUACUGUGAAUCAGAGUAUUUCAGUUGGAUCGUGUUAAUUGUUGAGUAUGGAUCAAAGGCAACGAAUCGAUGGUACAUUUGAGGAACGACAGUGAAAUGUGGAUGUUUCUUGCAUUACUCAAAGGGCUAAAAGCAAUUACUUGGACAUGAUAAACAAGAAACCCCCGAUGGCUCGCAUUGCUGCACAUUUACAUCUUUCCUUGUAUCUCGUUUUGAAUCAAUACUGAGCGAAUCCUCUGCCAUGUUAAUACCGUCAAGUUGUUCAGUCGCACCUCGACGUUAAAGAAUCACAAUCCAUCGUGUCUUGGCGUCAUUUAGCUCCAUGGUUUGUGGAUCUGGAGGAUGAGUUCAGCUGCGACCGAGUGAUGCUUUGGGUCACCGAGCUGCCUCCGCCGCUGGCCUCAAUCAAUUCCUCAUUACUAUUCUCCUCCAAGCCCACAACACCAGAGGCGCGAGUCCGGCUUGACUAGAAGGUUACUUUGGGUGCAAGGUGUGCAUUUUCAUAGAAAGGACAGUCAUCUAUUUAUAGAUACAGUAUUCAUUGUUCUUUUUGAUGCCUUUGAAAUUUGAGAAUUCUGUCUCCUAUGUGCAGUAUGUUAGCUAUAUUUUAAUAUAUUAGGUAUGGAAUUCAGUACAAUAAA